CAAGCUAAUUUUCGGCCUGCUGCCUGCAUUGAUUAUCUGCGGCGAGGAAGUUCCAAGGAUGGUAUCUACACACUUUAUGAUAAGACUGGAAAGAGUUACCCAGCUUACUGUGACCUGAAGUCCGAGCCAGGCACUGCAUGGACUCUGGUGAUAUCAUGGAGUACCUCUAAUCGAAGGCUCCCAGCAUUUUUCACCAUUCCCUUCAAGUAUAACUCCCCAGUGAACGAGAACGCCCACAACUGGAAUAUUUACCGCUUAAGUCUGGCGCGAAUGAGAUCCCUGCAGGCUCACUCCACCCACUGGCGAGCAACAUGCAGCUACCCGACUCACGGCAUCGAUUUUAGAGACUACCUCCGCGGAAACUUCCAGGACUUCAACAUCUUUGAUUAUGUUGGAGGAGGCACGUGCAAGAAAGUGGAUUUCAUCAACAUCCGCGGACACGUGGGGACGCAUUUGACGGCACCUUUCUGGCAGACUCUAAAUAGAUGGACUCUGCAUAUUGACAGCUCUCACACUCACUCUCAAUUUAAGGCGGCAAGGUCUGGCGCAGUCUCAAGUGAAGACAACUUUGGCUGGUACGGGGACGGCAUCAGCACCAAAUUCCGCUGCACACAGGGAGGCCAAUCCACUACCCAGUGGUGGUUCGGAGCUCAUCUUUGAUCUGCUCGCAGACGCAAAGCCUGCAUUCCUGACUAUAGCCUUUAUGAGAGAUCAUUAUAAGCAUUAGAGUAACUUGAAUACCGUUCAAUUUGUAACAGAAGAGAGGCUGUUUCGUAGAUUGAAAAAACAAAAAGUAGUGUAAUAAUGCAGGCAGCUUAAAAAUAAAAGAUUGAUUAUCACCCAUCGUUUGUGAAUUUACUGGUGCAUUAUAUUUAAAACUAUCCAAAACGUAAUACGUUAACGUAAGUAAUAGCUCACAGACUGUCCCUCACUGAAAUAAAUUUCAAGUUCGAUUCCUACAAUCCUCUCUUACUAACAGUUAGAUCUCCAAAAGUUGUUGAUGAAACAAUGCAACAAACAUAAUCCUUACGCUGUAGGAUUGAUGGUAGAAACAGUUUGAAGCAGAAGAAUACUGACCCCUUCAUCCAUAUAACUUUUUAGGAGCCCGAAAGUACACGCUUUCAUCUAAAUAAACAGCGAUCAACAAUAACAGGGGCGCACUCAGGGAAGAGCUCUAGGGGUUCUGGAGUCCUCAGUGGGGGCUCCCCCCCACCCCCUCGGCAACCACAGCCCCUAUUUUCUCUUUGUAACAAAACGGCAUGCGUAUGGCACUACUAGUAGUUUUUGAAGGGUGAGGACCAAACAAGGGUCCAAUUUUUGUAUAGAAAUUGUACAGUAGAAAGGAAAAUGAACAAUAAAUUUAACAAGGCCCGGUUUCUAUAGACAGAAAUAGGCAAAACUGAGGCUUGGCCAUGCAUAGGGGUACACUCAAUCUUUCUGUAGCCGCAUUUGCAAUUUGUAGGUUAAACCGAACGAAAGUCGAACAGAUUUCAUUGCACAAAACAGAGGGCUCCAUUUUUCAAUCUCGAGAUACGAAAAAAAAAUACUUAGUUUAAGAGGCAGCCCAGAGUAAAUGGUAAAUGCAAAAUGCUUGAAAAUCAUAUUUUACGACAACAUACCGCAGGUAAGGGAUACCAUUUAUUUGGGAUUAAUUUAUUAAAAGUUGACAUGCAAAGCGCGAGCGCUUCGUUAGCGAACUGGUGGGAGAGAGUCAAGGAAAUUAAGUAGGAAAGUAAAUUGGGUGAUGUUUCGUUUAUACUUGAUAGACGCUCAUUCUCUCUUGGUUUUAUCAAGUUAAAAUGCCGUUGUUUGAGAAGACUGAAAUUUAUUCAUGCCCUUGUUUACAUUUUGGUCCAUCGUUUAUAUGUUUAAUGUUCGUGGCACCUUUUGACUGGGACCAGUUGGCGAAAAAUCCGACAACACGGGCGGAAAGAUAAAGCUCCGCAAAAUUGCGGAAGUUCACAGAUGUUUGUGUGGUGGGGGCAGGGCACGUAGAAUUGAAAGAACUUUGUGACAUGAUGAAACUACUGGGCAGUCCAUUUAAGGUAUUCGUUGAGCCUGGUACCUUACAGUUUGAAAGUCCUGACUCUUUCCAAGGUCUGUCCCUUAACGGUUAGUGAUGGGACAACGUUUAUAUUAAGAUAGUGAGUUAUUGACAUUUGUUACAGCUAUGAACCCGCAAGUUUCUCUGCACACAGGGUACCCAAUCCACCACCCAGUGGUGGUUUGGAGCACAUAUCUAAAAUUUUCGGAGAUGCAACAGCUUUACAUCUGCUGGCUCCAAAAUGGAAAUUUACCCCCUUAAACUUGAUUUGUAACAAGCACUGAUAAAAAGAUGAUUAAAACGGAAGAAUCCAGUAGUGACUCACAAGAAUGAAAUCAGUAAAAAAAUGCCGCAAUAGAAGAGCGGCAGUGAAAGCUUGUUUGGAAAUAAGAAGUUUUAUCGCAAAAACGUAGCAGAUGAUUUUAAAAUGGGCAGCGUUUUGGUAAAGAACAUCAAAACACAGAAUAAAACACAACUUUUGCGUUAAUUCUCGCUCGGUGAUCAAUUCCCAGGCUGUGGAUAUCAGUAAAAAGAUCAGGACACACGGCAAUGAACAAAUUCUGUCUGUCAGGAAGUACCCGCUGCAUGCAUAUUUAUGCCGCCAUGCAGUUCAUUGACCAUGCAAGAGGGGAUGGUAGUGAGGGUAGAGUUUCUUGUUUUAGAAGGAAAUUGACAUUGAAGGGGCAGCCAGCCAUUGACUGCCGCUUAAAAGAAAAAGAGAAUGAAAACCAAGUGAAGAGACCCAUGUCGGCGUUAUCUAGAUUAACAUGUCUACUGACCAGGUCCUGAUAAAACUUAUCCAUACAGUUGGACUCGAUCAAGAGGCAAGAACUUAAUUUUUAUUUUUCUGCUGCAUAUGGAUAAAUGGCAGUUUGCAAUAAUCUAGACUGUUCACAGGCCCCUAUUUUUUCGUAAUGAUCGCCAGGAUCGAGCGCCUGCCGGUACGGACGGCCGUCUUGGUUUCAUAUGUACCUAUCGGGCGGGCGUCGGGGUUUAAAGCUGUAUACGGGGAGGGAUUAACUUCAUCAACAGGUCAGCCAUCCCACUCCAAACCAGUCAGUGCUCUCGAAGCGACUGUAACAAAAGGACUCCGAAUUUCUCAAUUCCUCGUUGGUGUCGACUAACUGCUCACCCAGACUACACCUAAUUCUUGAGACAACGCGCUUCCGAAUACUUCAAACAGUGUACUUCCAAACAUUGUCGGGACUACACUAAAAGUUGAGGGGAAUAGCUAGAAAGCCGAGAAGAAAGACGAUGUUUACACUGACUGUUGGCAAACUAGUACAGAAAAUUUCUGAUAUGGGCAAUAAGAGCUUGCUUUAGCGAAUAGCGUCACGGAAGCCGAUGCUCACCCCUUCUCCUUGGACGAGCUGAUGCGAAAUUGACUUAUACAUAAUUCUCUUGAAAUGUUUUGUGGUUUGGUCGAGUAAUUAUGUUUACUUAGCCAGCAUAUAGGAAAGCGACCAGUGUUGUCAGAGUUGACUUGUUGUAGACACUUGGCUGGUGCUAUUUUAAAUAGCCCACGGUACAGCUGGCCCAAGUAUCGCAUACAGUGUGGAUAUAGUCCGUCUGGCUAUAAACGAGGUUUAAAGCCUGGUUUAAAAGUGUCUACGCGCAGGCUAGUGCUAUUUGGCCAAGUUAAUAAAUAUUAAAGAACCGAAUAUUACUAAAAUGGUAUUUUAGAACACUGAUGAAAUACAGUAUCAAUGGGGGUUUAAACACUGCUUGAUCAUCUUUCAGCAACGCAAACUAAUUUUCUUUUCGCAUAUUAAUGAAAGUUUGAGAACUACUUGAUUACCUUCAGCAACGCAAAAUUUACUUUUCAAUAUUAAUGAAAGAUGAGAACUGUUUAAUUACCUUUCAGCAAGGCACAUUUUCUCCCGGUUAGGGUAUAUCAUUUAUUGCCAUCGUUAUCACUUUUCAAAUAAUAAUACUAUUUUCGUGGUAAAAAGUUACAGAAAAAGUCACUCGAUAACAAUAGUGAAUUAAUCGAACAGGGUGAAGGGGUGAAGAUAUAAUUUGCAGGUAAUUUUUUAUUUCAGUUAUUUUUUGCUUUUCCUUUAAUGGCAAAUUCAUUAGCAGCAUUAGCAUACAUUACCCAGAAUACUAACUGCAACAUAUAAGAGUUAAAAAAGGAAAAGGUUGAAAAAUCAACAUUUCUAUUAGCUGUUAUUUAAAAGUAGCAACAGACUAAAGCAGUAUCAAAACAACUCUAAAUUUACAAAUCAAGAAGUACAGGAUAUUUGAAAUUACUGCUGAAUAAUGUACGUAAGUAAUGAGGUAAUAGAUAGUCGGAAGAUUUUUAGAGUAUCGAUUUUUGCGUUGAUAUAUUUUGACGUUGUUGAUCAACAACAAAUGCAUAAAUAUUUCCUUGCAAAGCCAUUUGCCCCACAAUUAAUUUAACGGUAUCCAAUUAAAAAGGAAUUUGACUAGCGUCAAUACACCUUCAAAAAUAAAUGCCAAAUUUCAAGUUAUUAUUUUGGCGGGUAUUUUAUAUAAAUAAUACCAGUGGGGUGAAUGUGCCUUGCUCUAUUUCUGUGACGCGAGAGUUGUAUUUUCGCUUCUUUUCAUUUUGAUGAAUCCUGUAGAUUUGCUUGGGGCUAAGAUCUCUAUACCAGUCCGCAUUGGGAUGACACACCCUUAAAUCGAAAAAUGCAGCCCUCUGUCGCUCCCAGAAACCCCUACAGUGGACGUCAAGGCGUGCAUCAGGGGCUUGGUUAGUCCCUCUGGCAAGCUGUUCGCCUGUAAUAGGUUGUAAUUCGGGUUCAACUUGCACAUCGUAACAAACCAUGUCAAGCAGCUUGGCCUGUAGAUCGCGUAUUUCAUUGUGGCGCUGAAUAACUAAGCCUCCACGAUCAUCGUGAUCUACUGUAAACAUGCUCCCACAAACGCAUACUGACGGAUUAUCCGGUAUCCGCCAAUCAUAUCGAAGCCUCACAGCAUCACGAAAUUAAUAAUUAAUAGUAAUAAUAAUAAUAAUAAUAAUAAUAAUAAUAAUAAUAAUAAUAAUAAUAAUAAUAAUAAUAAUGAUAAUGAUAAUAAUGGCCCCGUAGGGAUUUCGCCUAGAAGGCGAAAUCCCGAGGAGGCACUUUAGUAACUCGCGCGUAUAUUAAGGAAAGUACUUACAGUUGAAAUAUACAGUCAUACAGUCAAUACAGAAAAAAUCUCGAUUUGCUUGAACAGGGGCCGCGAGGAAUCGGUAGGUAAUAAUGACGUUUCUAUUGUUUGCGCCCGCAAGUACGAAAUGGUUAGGAUGACGUAAAGACGGAACAUCCCCAAGGGACCGCUUAGGUACCCUGGGUACCAGAGGUUUUUCUCGCGUGCGGUGGGAAUUUUCGGUGUUGGCCGAAGGCCGACACAAACCGCGCUAGAAAAGUCUCUGGCACCCAGGGUACCGCUUAGGUAGAUUUUGUGACAUUUAUUGUGCAGUCAUACUUCGACACUCUUUUGCGUUACGUGUUAUCAGUGACAUUCUGUGGAGCAGUUGUUUCAGUGAAAGUUAUGGACCAAAAAUUUAACGACACUUGUUAAGCGCAGAAGAAGUUAUAAGGUGCGCAUAAUUGUGUAUAUAUAAACACUUGGAGAGUUUGCCAGACACGAGUUCACAAAUCUUUCAUUGGAAACCUUGCCAGACAAGACUACGAGCAGACUCUCUUUUUUCCGUGUAGUCCGUCGAGCAAAACGCGAGACACGCAAAUGGCCACGUGCGUGACUGAUGGCGCCCUCGUUUCGCGCGUCUCGCGGCUUCGCCGCUCCCGCGCGCGUGAAUUGCUCUCACUAAAUCUGAAGAGAAAGAGAGACUGCUCGCGGUCUUUGUGCCAGACACUCUUUCUCUCUCUUUGACCGGAAUAAGACUCAGCCCCAAACAAGCAACACGAGUGAACAACUGCUAGCUUCUCACUAGCAGAACGAUGGACGAUUACAGAAAUUCGCUGACAAUCAAAUUCUGUGCUGACUUAUUCCCUGCUCACAGAUGUCCUUUCGCUAUAAAGUUUAAAAUAAGACUAGAAUGUGCGAGUGUGAAUUGAUCAAACGUCCUUUUAAUUUCUAAGGCUUCCUUUGGCAAAUAAAAUGAACUGAAUGUAAAAGGUGAAAGAGAAAUAACGAAAAAUUCAACUUCUAAUUAAAUCUUUUCCUAUGUUUUAGAAUAAACUAUUCUCGAAACUGAGAAUGUUUUGAUCAAAGCUGUGUAAAUCGACCUGAAACUGUGCAUGGAACUUUGCGUUUCCUGUAUUUAUCUCACCUAUUGUAUGGAAUAUGUGUGAAAAUCUUCCUUAUGAAUCAGUAUAUUUCAAAGAGCUACAAAACGAGCAAGAAUGCUAUUGACCGACAAUAUACAGAGCGGGGGCAGCUGUAGUGUCAACUAUUACUAGUACUAGCAACGAUAAUAAUAAUACAAGCUUAUAUAGCGCUGUUUCUAGGAAUUCAACAGCGCUUUACAAUAUUUACAAUAACUAUUAAAACAUUAAAACUAUUAUUUAAACCAAUUAAUUAAAAACUCAGAAGGCUAUCAACUUGUCAACUUGCUACCAACUUUACUAACUUAAAUUAAGGCGAAUUUACAUAAUUGUUGAUACAAGUUGUAUUAUUGAGUAAAAAAAAUGAACACAUAGUUAUCUACCUUUUUUUCAGUUAAUUUAUAAACCUGAUACAGUAUCAAACGAUCCUCAACUUUUUUAAUCUUUGCUUUGGCCAAAAGGUCUUUUAAAAACAUUACCGGGCAGAUAAAAGCAAUUUGGCUCCUAAAGGAAUAACCCAUAACAUCUCAUGACUGUGAAGCGAGUAAAGCCCUCCGGCUUCCUCCGGCUACAAUAGCAGCCCUUAAAGCUCAAUCUUCCGUAGCUAACGAGUUAUGGGGAAGGGUUUUCAUGUUUUAUAUUUAUUCACAUCACUUUGUUACUAGUUGCAUAUUAGCAACAAAUGCUUUAGUUGCUUUUUCAAUUCAUCAUCGGCUUGUAAGCAUUGAGUUCGGUUAACAUUUCUAACACCACACGUUAAAGCGGAUUUCAGGUGGAGAAACCGCGAUGGCAUUUAAGAGCGUCUUGAUUUUUAGCAUUGGUAUGCAUUUGCUCGGAGUAAGUAAUCCGCGAGAAGAAAAAUUGUAUAACUUGAGAAUGAGGGAAAAAGGCGCCAGCCUUGUCAGGUCACUAAGAGUUGUAAAACAUUUAGUUUUCGCACGUGCUAGGAAAAUCAUCAAGUCUACGAGAAUAUCACAUGUAACGGCUAUCCUGCAGUCGUAUCAGAAAAGGAUGGACACAAGAAUAGACUGAAAUUAGAAGCGACAUUCUCAAAUAAUAUCAUCGUUAAAUGCGUGAGAAUAUUAAUUUCUGCUUAAGUAUCAGUAACCAAAAUAUAAAAAAGUAUAUGAAACUCUUAUAUGCCCUUGAACGACUGACAGACUCUCAGUGUUCUAUUCUUUCAGACACUAGUAGCCGCCAGUGUUAAUUCUGGACUGCAGAAAGGUGGUAAAAACGUUGUCAACAUACAUAUUACAAUGAAUUGCAAGGUAUGGUAAUGUUACUGAAUUCUUUUAUCAUCUUUUACAUUAAUUUUUUUACAUACGUGAACAAUGACGAGGUCAUGAUCAGUUUCCCAAAAGGAUUCCUAACAAAGUUAUCGCACCCCUGCCUCAUUCUUCUAAGUUAAAUUUUUUGCUUUUAAGCUUUUUCUUUAUGUAUCUUUUUAUUUGUUUAUUUUUUUUUAGGAAAGUAACGAAAAGCCAGCUAAAUUCCGGCCCACCACUUGCGUUGAUUAUCUACGCCGAGGAAGCUCUAAAAAUGGCAUCUACAAGCUUUACGAUUCCAAUGGAAACAGUUACGCAGUUUACUGUGACCUUAAGUCUGAGCCAGGCACCGCAUGGACCCUGGUGAUGUCAUGGAGCUCUCGUAAUCCAGGUCUUUCAAAAUUCCGCAGCACUCCCUUCAAGAUAAACGCUCCAGUGAAUGAGAACGCCCAAAACUGGAAUCAGUACCGAUUGAGUUUGGCGCGAAUGAGAUCAGUGCAGGCUCACUCCACCCACUGGCGAGCAACAUGCAGCUAUCCGACCCACGGCAUCGAUUUCAGAGACUACCUCCUUGGAAAUUUCAAGGACUUCAACGUCUUCGACUAUAUUGGGGGAGGCCAGUGCAAGAAAGUGGAAUACAUCAACAUCCGGGGAUACGUGGGCAAGAAUCUGACGGUGCCUUUCUGGCAGUGGCUUCAUGAAGGCCUGCAUACUGACAGUUCACUCAACACUAACUGUCAAUUUAAAGCGGCAAGGAUUGGUGCUGUGUCAAGUGAAGAUAAUUUUGGUUGGUAUGCCAGUAGCAACCCGAAGUUUCGCUGCACAAAGGAUACCCAGUCCACUACCCAGUGGUGGUUUGGAGCUCAUCUCUAA